AGGAUUUUCUCUCUUCUUUACUUGCCAGUUAAUUUGUCUUGGACAACAUUAAAGAUCAUCUGCAAGUUUCUUUAAAGAGGCUGAGAAGCUGAAACAGGAGGUGGAGAGAAGAUGCCAUCAGCAGAAUGAGUUUAUCCAGACAUGAUGGAGAUCCUCCAGGGUCCAAAGCCCACCUUUGUGACCUCCGUCUUCUACUUGCUGUAGCCAACAUGAGGAAGCCGUUCCCCACAAACGUUUUAUGAUCCUCUUGAACUUUGAGAACUGAUCACAGACUCUGAAACCACCUCUAAAACUUCAGACUUGAAGCUGCGAGGAGCUUGAUGUUGGAAGGUGAAGGCAGGAUGGUGGGCACGAAGCUGCUGUGGAUUCUGGGAUUGUUCUGCCUGUGGAUUACGACUCAGGCUCAGAUGAAGAUCCCACCAGAGACGGUUCAGCAGUGGGCGUCAGAGUUCUCGACUCAGCUUCGAGACGUCACCACCAAAUACUCGGGCUCCCUGCUGCUGCAGAAGAAACUGAAGGAUGUGGAGUCCAUUGUGAAGAUUGUGGAGCUGGAUGGAGACGACUUGGUGAAGGAUUACUCUGACGAAAUUGAACAAAUGUUGGGAAGCAAAAUGAAGUCAGUGAAGAGGUUAGCGGAGUCUGCGGAGGAUGCUGAUCUGUACCACGAGUUCAACGCUUCUUUACAGUUUGAUUACUACAACUCCAUGCUGAUCAACACUGUGGACGAGGAUGGGAACAAUGUGGAGCUGGGUGGAGAUUUUCCUCUGGAAGAGAACGAACACUUCAACAACCUGCCAGUGAAUACGCAGCAAAGCGACAUCCAGGUGCCCACCAAUGUCUACAACAAAGAUCCCAACAUCCUCAACGCCAUCUACAACUCUGAGGCAUUAAAUGACGUUUUCAUCAGUAACUUCCAGAAGGACCCAACACUCACCUGGCAGUACUUUGGCAGCUCCACCGGUUUCUUCAGAAUCUACCCAGGUAUCAAAUGGACUCCAGACUCUAACGGUGUGGCAGCGUUUGACUGCAGGAACCGGAACUGGUACAUCCAGGCGGCCACAUCCCCCAAAGACAUCAUCAUCAUGGUGGACAUCAGCGGCAGCAUGAAGGGACUGAAGAUGACCAUUGCCAAACACACCAUCAACACCAUCCUGGACACGCUGGGAGAGAACGACUUUGUCAACGUCAUCGCUUACACAGACUACGUUCGAUACGUGGAGCCCUGCUUCAAAGGGACUCUGGUCCAAGCCGACUUGGACAACAGGGAGCACUUUAAGGUGCUGGUGGAAGAGCUUCAUGUUAAAGGAGAAGCAAAGAUCAAGAAUGCGAUGAAGGAAGCCUUUAAGAUCCUCAAUGAGGCCCGGCUGAACGGUCAGGGCAGCAUGUGUAACCAGGCCAUCAUGCUGAUCACAGAUGGAGCCAUGGAGGACUUUGAGUCUGUCUUUGAGGAGUUCAACUGGCCUGAGCGCAGGGUGAGAGUCUUCACCUAUCUGAUCGGCAGGGAGAUGACCUUCGCCCAGAAUACCAAGUGGAUCGCCUGCAACAACAAAGGUUACUACACACACAUCUCCACGCUGGCUGACGUGCAGGAGAACGUCAUGGAGUACCUGCAUGUGCUCAGCAGACCAAUGGUCAUCAACCACGACCAUGACAUCAUUUGGACAGAGGCCUACAUGGACACAGUGCUUCCCAACACCAACGAGCUCUUCACCACCAAAGCUCAGAGUCUGCUGCUGAUGACCUCCGUGGCCAUGCCAGUCUUCAGUAAGAAGAAGGAAACGCUGUCCCACGGGAUCCUGCUGGGUGUAGUCGGCUCUGACGUCCCACUGCAGGAAGUGAUGAAGUUAGCACCCAGAUACAUGCUAGGACCUCACGGCUACGCUUUCCUCAUCACCAACAACGGGUACAUCUUGGCUCACCCUGACCUUCGACCUCUGUACAAAGAUGGAAAGAAACUGAAGCCGAAGCCAAACUACAACAGUGUGGAUCUAUCUGAGGUGGAGUGGGAGGAUACAGAGGAGAAACUGAGAACAGCCAUGGUGAAGGGACAGACGGGCAGCAUCAGCCUGAGCAUCAGAGCGUCAGUGGAUAAAGGGAAACGACCCCUGUACCUCGUCAACGACUACUUCUACACUAACAUUGAUGAGACACCUUUCAGCUUCGGCAUGGUGUUGACCAAGGGUCACGGAAAGCUCAUGUUCAUGGGGAAUGUGUCUGUGGAGGAAGGCCUGCAUGAUCUCACGUCUCCUGAUCUCAGCAUCGCCUCGGAGUGGACGUACUGUGAGACGGACAUCGACCCGAGCCACCGGAAAUACUCUCAACUUCAGGCUGCCAUCCGCUACCUGCUGGGAAAGGAACCCGACCUCGAGUGUGACGAGGUGCUGCUGCAGCAGACGCUGUUUGAUGCUGUGGUAACCGCUCCAUUGGAAGCCUACUGGAACGCCCUCAUGCUCAACGAUAGGGUGGAGCCGGGGGUGGAGACGGUCUUCCUCGGCACUCGUUCAGGCCUGAUGAGGAUCAUAAGAUAUGCAGGAGUGGAGAGCAGAGUGGCAAAAAGAUUUCUGACUCCGACCGAUAAAGACAACCUGUUCACCAUCGAUCACUUCCCGCUGUGGUACCGCCUAGCCGUGGAAAACACUCCUGGAAGCUUCUACUACUACCUCGUCAACGAUAAAGGAGUUAAGUACGUCGUAGCUACGACUGCAGUGAUGGUGUCGUCUGAGGGGAGGAUGGCCAUGGCUGGAGCCAUCGGGCUGCAGUUGUCCUUGGACUGCCUGGAAAAGCGGUUCUGGGCCAUCGCCAAGCAGCCCAGCGACACAGAUUGUUCGAACAUCGACGGAGUGUGUCCUCUCAGCUGUGAGAGUGUUGAUCUGAACUGUUUCCUGGUGGACAACAACGGCUUCAUCCUGCUGUCCAAAGAGCGGAGCGAGGUCGGGCGUUUCUUCGGUGAGGUGGACGGCUCCGUCAUGGCGUCGCUGAUCAAGAUGGGAAUGUAUAAAAAAGUGUCGUUGUUUGACUACCAGGCGAUGUGUAAGAACAGCCAUCACCACACCAGCAGCGGCCGACCGCUGCUCAGCCCGUUUUAUGGUAUUGCAGCGUUGAUAAGAUGGUUCUUCUCCAACGCGCUCAUGUUCCUGCUGGACUUUAACCUCUGCGGUCUCUGGCACUCUGAUUACUUUGUGGACGCCAAGGCUGGCUAUCACACAACUCAUAAGCAGAAGAAGGUGGAGGCCAUGCUGCCAUGUGACACAGCGUAUCCCGGCUUCAUGUACGACUCGUCUGUCAGAGAAGCAAACAGCCUCAUCAAGUGUGGACGCUGCCAGAAGAUGUUUGUGGUCCAGCAGAUCCCGGACAGUAACCUGGUCCUGGUUGUGACUCAGGCCGACUGCGACUGUUCUCGUCAGUAUGGACCCAUCUCACUGGAACCAAAAGAGAUCAAAUAUAACGCCACAGUCAAAUGUAACAGGAUGAAAUCCCAGAAGGUGCGGCGGCGUCCGGAGUCCUGCCAUGCCUACCACCCGAAGGAAGACGCCAAGGACUGCGGCGGGGCGGCGGCCAUCUCCCUGUCACACUCUCUCUUCUCAGCCUCUCUGCUCAUGUCGUCUCUCCUCCACAGCAGGAUGUAAAAAUCCAACCAAUCAGGACGCUCUGAGGGAGGCGGCGACAGCAGAAAACCAGAAUCUAAACCAUCGAACAUGGAGCCAAAGGACUUUUUAACUUGUCACCUCAGAUUUGUGCUGUUCAGACGAGCUGAGGCUCACUCUGCAGACUUAAGGGCUACUUGAUUUUUUAAAAACUGAAUCUGAUUUCUCCGCCCUGAAAUGAAUGGGAUGGGAUGAAGACUGCAGGAGUCUGAUGGACUGAUGUGGAGAAACGUUGCCAUUACACUCAAAGAAUGUCUUUGUAGAAUUUUGAUACAGAAAUGUUGUAGUUUUACAUUCAGACUGCAAAACAAACUAAACUCUGAUGUGUUUGACCGGUCAACAGAACAGAUGCGGCGUCACAUGAAUACUUACAGGCAAGUAAAGUUUAAUUCGGACUGAAGGUGCUCACGUUUGGUUUGUCCUCAGGUGAAGAAGAUGCAGAUGUUUCAGCUGAAGCUGAAGGUGGCGAUUGGUACAGCAUUCACACUGAACAAUCACCUGAACACGUCUGAACAGGUUUUCUGCGAGUCAAAGGAAACAGUCCUCUCUCUUCCUGAGGCCAAAC